CCAUGGAUGUCAAUGGAUGAGGAGACACAACAAAAUAUGAUAGCAAAAGAGGUGCAAAGGUCUUUUAUGGAAAUAUGAUCCUGGGCUCAGCGUUGCGGAGUGCUCUAUAAGAGAGCCUCGCCUCCUCAGGUGAUAGACAAAAAGAAGGAGAAGAAAGUUGCAGCAACACCUGGAGCAUUUGAGGACAGAUAAAGAACUGCGAGUAGAGGCUUCACCAUGAGGUUCAACGCGCUCUUCCUACUGCUGAGCCUGUCCUGCCUGUGUCUCGCACUGGCCCAAGUGUCCUACGACAACUGCUGUCUGACAUAUGUGAAGAAAAUGAACCACAACAUUCAGAAACAUGCUGUGAAGUACAGAGAGCAGGUGCUGGACGGAGGCUGUAACAUUCCUGCCAUAAUCUUCACCCUGAGGAGGGGUCGUGUGUUCUGCACAGACCCCAGAGACAACUGGGUCCAGCGGCUCAUGGUGAAAAUAGACAGGAAAUACAGAACCUCCAAAUACACUGACAAACCCAACAAGAAGCACUUCUCACGAGUAAGCAAGGGCUGAGUGGGGCAGCCUGCUGCUCCUCACUGUCCUGCCCAUGCCCAGAAUAUGAUGCAAUUAGAUAACAAGUACUUUACGGCGGUACAAAGGCAUCCUACUUAUGGGCAGUGAGGAGAUAAGACUGAAUCUUGCAGCAUAACUUUCACUUUCUCUGUGCAAACAACAAAGAGUCAGAGCAGCAGAACUUUUCUGCGUAAUAUUCAACAGCUGCUUCACUGGGAACGUCUGCCGUUGUUUUCUCGCCUUUAACAUCAUGUGUUUGAUGGGAUUUCAAUCAUUGAUGUCAACGCAGUGUAAAUAUUCAAAUAAAUUUGUCAGUGGUGAUAGAAUGACAACAACAGAUACUUCAACAGAAAGCUUUAGACUUGGAUUUUUUUUUCAAUGUAAAAAUGUCUGUCUUUGCAUAUUUUUCACAUAUAGUUUUUUUGCUGUGCAUGUACUGUAUACUGGAAAAAUAAAGAGCAUUAUAGUUCCAUUCUACCAUGUCAUGUGUUCAUUUUGAUGUAAACUGAUAUCCUGGAGUCAUUUCUACUGUUUUUCUGAUGAUUCUUAGAGUUUAGGAGCAGUUUAAAUUUGAGAUAAAUGAAAAAAAAAGAUUAAAAUUUAACCACCUUUUCUACAAUAACCACAAUACACAGAAACAUCAGGGAGACACAAUGCAGGCGGCCUCUUUGGCACCCCCUGGUGGACACAUGCUGAAAGUGAUUCUCUCUAUUAAUAAAGCAAUUUAAAAAAAUCUGGAAUAAUUAGCCUUGGCACAUUGAGUAGCCAAAUUAGCCUCUGUGGCAGAGUCAGAAGUAGCCUGGCAUUCACCAUUGUUGUUAUUGAGCAGGGGUGACUGGGGUAAGAGGUUACACAGAGGCAGGGAUGGCUGGGUGGAACAGGUACAGAGAGGCGGAGCUGACCACACAGAGACAUUUUCUCUCAUUCUUUUCUUUUCAUUAUAGUUUGUCAGUAAUAAGAACUCAUUAUCUAAUUCCACAGCAUGUACGUCUCAGUAGUAAAUAUUCCCGGCGAGCGAAACACCUGCAGAAAGAUUCAGGGACAAAUCUUUGAAGUGUCAACUAAAGGAUGAAUGAUGUGCGCUGAUUUAAAGUCAGCUUCUGUGUGUUUCUAUUCUCUCUGCUCCAAGUGCAUUCAGGAGAACUGCAGAGGCGUGUAGCUGAUCAAAUCUCCUGCAGUAAAGCUCUCUUUGUGUAUACCGACAUGCUUGAGACUUGUCUACACCUUAUAUUCAACAGUAUGACAAACCAAAAGGCCAGUGUAUUUAAACACAUGUAGAUAAAGAUCUUUUUAAAAAGCCAAUCUUUCAAGCUGAUUGUUACGGAUCGUACAUUUCUACAACAAAAAUAAACUUCACGCGUGAAGUAUUUUUGAAUCGACUGCCAAUUUUGCCCAAAGACAGAGAUGAUGAAUCACCCAAUUAUCACCCAGACAUUUUUAUCACUGAUGGACAGCUGACAUUCCUUUGAGUUUGUGUAUUCUUGUAUGACCCAGUGGGGUCAAAGAUCUGCUAGUGGACCACAGACACAUUAGUGCGGAGGCUUGGUUUCCUCUUGCUCAAAUCAAAACAGUUCUGAUGAAUGCACCGUGCUGUUCUGCUUAAAUGACCAGCAAAGAAAUGGCUGUUGAGGCCACGGGAAUGCUUUCUUUUAUACAGAGGAAAAAAACAAACCUUCAGACUGAAACAAAACUGAUGAAGAACAGGACUGGGAUGUUUGAACACGCCAUGGACCAGGAGCAGAGAAGAGAAGGUUACGACAUGUCAGAGCGAGAAACAAACGCAUCAGGUGUCACAGCACAUUGUUUUGUCUUAUUCUCACACCACAGCUCAAUGGAACAUCAAAAAAAUAAAAUAAUAUAUGAAAUUAACGACUACAUAAAUCUGCCAGAAGAGUCGGCACCAAAGGCUGAUAGGACGUCUUCACUCCAGGGACGUUUAAGGGCAAUAAAAAGGUGAACGCGUCCAUAAAACACUGCACAUCAAAAAGGUGACAUAAAUGUCCAUUAUAACUGCACCCUUUGUUUCUCUUUGAGUCACAUCCUAGCAACUGAAUUUAUGACAUCAUGCGGAGAACAUAAAAGUCAAAUAUAAUUUUUUGUGUAAAAGAUUAACUGCUAAGACAGUCACUUUGAAGACAGUUCAGCUGCUGUAGUGAUAUUUUCUUGUCAGCCCAAACCCUGAAACCAUCAUUAUGGUCAUAAUUCAAUAAUUCAUUCAUUAAUUCAAAAUCUAGAUAAAAUCGGUAUGAAAAAUGCACAGACUGAAAGGCCAAAGUUGGUGUUUAUACAGAAAGACAUCCUCAGCUGUUGCUAAAAAUAAAUAUUUUCUCUAAAUCGAGGACAACACCAACCCUGCACUACUG